CCAACGCCUCAAUUACUACAGCCGGCGGGUACGCGAGUCUUUAGAAACACAGGUUGAUUCCAAAGGGUACGGCUUAAUCUCGCGGUGAAAUCAGCCAUUUUUGUUAUUGAAACUUAAACAAUUUUCCAUCCUUCGGCGUCACCAUUCAGUAAGUCGGCUCAUAAGAAACGAUUUUAGCGUAAACCUAACAGGAACGACAUGUCAAGAGGAGAGUGCGCAGAGCAGUAUUCCAAUGCGAGUCUCCUGCAAAACCCCAGCCCAGAUGAGAUCAAACUAGCUGCAAAGCGCGAGACUAGAAAUCGCUUAUCGGUGUGCAAUAAGUUGUGCUACGCUGUUGGAGGAGCCCCGUACCAGAUAACAGGAUGUGCACUUGGCUUCUUCCUCCAGAUCUACCUACUGGAUGUUGCCUUGUUGGAUCCAUUUUACGCCUCCAUCAUCCUGUUUGUGGGUCGAGCAUGGGAUGCCAUCACAGAUCCCACUGUGGGCUUUCUAGUCAGCCGAAGCCCAUGGACCAGAUUUGGACGAAUGAUGCCCUGGAUUGUGAUGUCCACCCCGUUUGCCGUCCUCUGUUAUUUCCUCAUCUGGUAUGUGCCCACUGUUGACCAAGGCAAAGUUGUCUGGUACCUGAUCUUCUACUGUGCAUUCCAAACGUUACAAACAUGCUUCCAUGUGCCAUAUUCUGCCCUUACCAUGUUUAUUAGCACCGACCAGAAGGAGAGGGAUUCAGCCACAGCGUACCGAAUGACGGUCGAGGUUUUGGGCACACUCAUUGGCACAGCAGUUCAAGGUCAGAUUGUGGGGAUGGCCAACGCUCCCUGCACCCAAACCAGCGAGGACCUCAACUCCACGGUGGGUCUUGAGGUCAACAUCACUGAGCCUCAUGGUACGCUGGGACAUCUGAGAAAUGCUUACUUGAUUGCAUCUGGUGUCAUCUGCUCCAUCUACGUUCUUUGUGCCGUGGUGCUGUUCCUUGGUGUGAAAGAGCAAAAAGAGACCUGCAAGAUCAGAACCGAACCCAUGUCGUUCUUCCAGGGCAUCCGUAUGGUAAUGAGUCAUGGUCCUUAUGCUAAGCUGGUCAUGGGUUUCCUCUUCACCUCUCUGGCUUUUAUGUUCCUGGAGGGAAAUUUUGCACUGUUCUGUAGUUACACCCUGGGCUUCAGAAAUGACUUCCAAAACAUCCUGCUUGUCAUUAUGCUCUCUGCCACUCUUGCUAUCCCAUUCUGGCAAUGGUUCCUUACGAAAUUUGGCAAGAAAACAGCAGUGUAUAUUGGAACAACAUCUGUGGUACCUUUCAUGGUCAUGGUAGUCUUAGUGCCAAGCAAUCUAAUUGUGACAUACAUAGUGUCAUUUGCUGCCGGAGUCAGCGUUGCGGCAGCCUUCUUGCUGCCAUGGUCCAUGCUUCCUGACGUGGUGGAUGAUUUCAAAGUACACAAUCCUGAUUCUCAGGGCCACGAAGCCAUCUUCUACUCGUUCUAUGUGUUCUUCACCAAGUUUGCAUCUGGGGUUUCUUUAGGAGUCUCGACCCUCAGCCUUGACUUUGCCGGCUAUGUGACGAGAGGAUGCACGCAGCCAGCAGAGGUCGAUUUAACUUUGAAGAUCCUGGUAUCUGCUGCACCAAUUUUCUUCAUCAUUAUUGGCCUGAUCAUUUUCAUCUCCUAUCCCAUCGAUGAGGAAAAGAGACAGGGCAAUCGUAAACUACUUAAUGAACAAAGAGAAAAUGAGGUUGACUCGGAAACCGACUCUACUGAGCUCGAUAUGAUUUAAUAGCACCAGACCCAAAAAACUGUACCGUUUGCUUCAGACCAACGAAGGCAAAACAAACAGAAGAGUGAGUGCUUUGAAGCAUCCGUGCAUGCUGCCUUGUGGCUAAAAUAUAUCCGCCUGUCACCAGACCCUCUAUACCUAGAGCUGAAAUGCAGCCUUUGACGGUUUAAAUCCAAAGUGCCUUGUCAUUUCCAGACACGAUGUGUUUCGCACAAAACUUGAGGGUGGCGAGUUUGGUUUGUGCUGCUUGCUGGAGAAGUAUUUUGCAGUGUACCAAACCAGCCGACUUUUGAUAAAAGCACACAUUCAAAUCUGCACUAAAUCCAUCUGGAGUGGGACAUGCCUUUCAUGAGAGCAAACUUGACGUUAUUUUGGUUAAAGCCAAAAAUGCAUUUUAGUCAUACUAUGAAAGGUACUUUUUGGGAGGAAUGUCUGUGAACACUCUGUAUGUAAUUUAUUUAUGAAUAUGUUUGUGCACCUAACUGAAUGACUUGAGCAAACCUGAAACCAUAAGACUUGUGUGGUCAAACAUCAGUACUGCUAACAAAAGAGGGUUGUUUUCAUAACUUUUCACAAGAGGCAGAUUUCUCAUUUUCAUAUGUUUCCACCAGCUUUUUUUCUAUGUACAUCAGUCUCAUUGGGCAUACGUGUUAUAUAUGGGAUGCACUUCCCGAUUUGAUCCCUUCGCGCCUGUAAAGAUGCACUUAAGAUCAGAAAAAUGUAUUUGGUCAAGUUCAGAAUCCAUUUAGUAUCCACAGGAAGCUUGUAAAACGGUAUUGAUACUGUAGCAGGAAGCCAUCUGGCUUAUUUAGUGCUCGUGGGGUUAAACUGUAUGAUCAAAUGCUUCUGCUGUAAGGCGAACAAGAUUAUUUAAGUAUUUAUUACUUUAGUUUUAAAUCUGUUAAUUCGAUUACGUUUGUUUCUCCCACCUUCCUUAAUUUCUUGUUUAAGGGCUUCUGUAAAGUAAAAUAAGGGCAAUUACAAAAGAGUUGUCACUGCAGAACAAUGACCUCUAAUGUAUCAUUAAUUCCUAUGGAAAAGCCAAUGAAUUUGUUUACAAGUUAUACUGCUGUAUGCUGUAGGUGUUAAAUGAAUAUGAUCUUUGGUUUUUGUUUUAAUGUCAGUGUCCUUUUGAUUGUCCAUAUAACAGUUGACCCAAAAGUGCUUAUGUAAUGCAUUUGUUUUAUUAUUGUACAGUAAUAAUGUUAUAUCUCUGCCUGCAACGUAUGUGUCAAAGAUUUGAAUUCCAAGUGUUUUCUUACCAUGAUGUGUAUGGUCUGUUAUAUAAAUGUGUAUAUAGACCAGCUAGAGGUACGGAAUGAUCGUUGUCAUUUUCUUUGUGGGAGGAAAAUUGUAAGUAUACGUUUGUGUAAGUGUCAUAUGUUAUACAUAUGCACAUAUCAUGUACGUUUUUGGAUGUUCUGACUUGAAUUUAAUACCAUUCUCUAUCUGGUGCCAAUUUUGAUAUGCCAAUGUAACACAGUUUUGGGGAAAAAUUCCAUUCUGACAUCACAAAAUACAGUAUGUAUAUAAUGUGCUUUGAUCGUUUUUUAAUGGAAUUGUUGUACAUGUAGAUGUUUGGUUAUCUGAAAGAAACCGUUAUCUUUAAUAAAUGCUAAUUAAUGUUUAA